GUUUAGUGGCGUUUCAGCGGUCGGCUGUGUAAGACGCAGACAAAAGUGCACGGGAGUUGAAUUGAGCGCGCUUUAAAUUAGCCACCCCGCUACCCUCUUGGCCCAAUGGCGCUCGUCGAACUGUUCUUUCUGCUCACGUUUCUUGGCGCGCUGCUCUACAAAUGGUCGGUAUCCAGUUUUGCUUACUUUCGGCGUAGAGGCGUGGCACAUGAGCGGCCACUGCCGCUGCUUGGCAAUGUGCCGCUCUCGGUAAUGCUCGGCAGGGAUUCCUAUGUGCGGCACAGCAUUGAGCUGCAUCAGCGCCUGAAGCAGCACAAGGUGUAUGGGGUGUACAAUCUACGCGAGCCGCUCUACUAUCUGGCGGAUGCGGACCUGAUACGUCAGGUGGGCAUCAAGCAUUUCGAGAACUUUGCCAACCAUCGCCAGGGCAUUGGAGAUGAACACGACACCGGUGAUAGCUCCGUCUUUUCGAAGUCUUUGUUGUCCCUACGCGAUCGACGCUGGAAACAGAUGCGCAGCACAUUGACACCCAGCUUUACGGGCGCCAAGAUACGCCUCAUGUUCGAGCUGAUCAACGCCUGCAAUGUGGAGGCGGUGCGUUAUGUGGAACGCAAACUGGAGGCUGGCGGAGGCGAGGGCAUUGAACUGGAGCUCAAGGAGUUCUUUACGCGCUAUACCAACGAUGUGAUUGCUACGGCUGCCUUUGGCAUACAGGUCAACAGCUUCGUGGAUGAGGAAAAUGAGUUCUUUAUGCUCGGACAGCGUGUUUCCCAGUUCAGUUUCUGGGGCGGCAUCAAGGUGCUGCUCUAUAUACUAAUGCCCAGGCUCAUGAAGGCGCUGCGUGUGCCUGUCAUGGAUCUCAACAAUGUGUCCUACUUCAAGCGUUUGGUAUUUGGCGCCAUGCAGGAGCGCCGCGAGCAGCACAUAGUGCGUCCGGAUAUGAUUCAACAGCUGAUGGAGGCGCAGCGUCUAUUCAGAGAGCAGCAGCAGCUGGAGCAGGAUCUGGACAAAGAUGCCGCAGAGUUCAAUGAUGUGGAUCUGCUGGCACAGUGCCUGUUAUUCUUCUCUGCCGGCUUUGAGACAGUCUCCACCUGCUUGAGCUUCACCAGCUACGAGCUGGUCAUGAAUCCACAUGUGCAGCAGAAGCUCUACGAGGAGAUUUUGGCUGUGGAGCAGCAGCUGGCGGGCAAACCAUUGGACUACGAUAGCCUCAUGGGCAUGAACUAUUUGGAUUGCAUCGUCUCGGAAUCGCUGCGCAAGUGGCCGCCCGCCAUAAUCAUCGAUCGCAUGUGUGCCGCGGAUUUUGAGCUGCGCGACGAGGCGGGGGAGCUGCUGUUGAAGCUUAGCAAGGAUGAUCUGGUGCACAUACCCGUUGUGGCGCUGCAUUACGAUCCGGAUAACUUUGACCAGCCGGACGAGUUUCGACCCGAACGCUUUGACAAAGAGCACAAACAUGAGAUUCGACCCUUUACGUAUAUGCCCUUCGGCGUGGGCCAGCGCAGCUGCAUCGGUAAUCGCAUGGCCCUGAUGGAGGUCAAGUCGCUCAUCUAUCAGUUGGUGCUGCGCUUUCGACUGCUGCCCACCGAGCGCACCCCGCUGGACAUGAUGGCCAGCAUUGAGGGCUUCCGGAUGCAGCCGCGCGAGCUUUUCUGGUGUCGUUUCGAGGCUAGGCAAACACCUGAAUAAUUAAUCACAAAUAGCUGAAGGGUUGCUCUGAGCAGCUGCAGUGACACUAGCUAAUGUGCCGGUGGAACUGAAUAAAGCGCAGAUGUAAGCUUUUAGUGGGCUUAAUUGUAAGCAUCAUUACAAUUAAGACUGCCAGAAGCUUUAAUGGUUCUGUAGCUAUCGCAAAAAAAUGAAAA